UGCUCCACUGGUACCGUACAGUGCUGCGACUCUGUUCAGAGCCCUAGCUCCAAUGUCGUUCAGACUCUCUUGGGCCUCCUUGGAAUCCCCAUUGGCGAUGUCACUGCUAAUGUCGGUGUUACCUGCAGCCCCAUCAGCGUCAUCGGGGUCGGAGGCAAUUCCUGUUCUGCGCAAACGGUCUGCUGCGAGAACAACUCCUUCAACGGUGUUAUUGCGCUCGGCUGUUCCCCCAUCAACAUUGGCCUCUAA